AUGGGAAAACCAGCGAACAAGAGUAAUAAAGUGUAUGGCAUUAGACAAACCAUAGCCAGAAAGAAGCUUCGAGAAGAAAUCAUGAAUGAUGAAGGUUUUUGGAAAAAUUGUUUGCAGAAAUUUACAAAAAUGAAAGCCUACAAGAUAAAAGGAAUCUUAAUUAGGUAUUGUCAAAAGAAUAGUAUUAAAUUGGAUCCAGAAUUUGCCAGGGGGCACAAGGAGUCAUUAUAUUGGUUUUAUAAAUAUGGCAAAAUUGAGGAAUUCGAACGUGUGAAGGAAAUGGCAGAAAUUGUAUCAGGAGCUGAAUGUAAAUACAUCAAAUUUACCGGGGAGCUUAGUGAUGACACUGAUCCUGUUGAUGGAUUUAUAAUCAACAACAAUGGCGUAAUUCAGAAACUCUGUAAGGGCAGGUCGAAGAAACGUGAUUUAAGUAAAUAUGAUGAGGAAAAAAAUCCUUCUGAAUCAGGUGAUUUGAAACCAAGCUCUGCUCAAAUGAGUGACUGGUCUGACGAGAACCUCGUUCAACUCGAUUUUUUGGGUGAUAAUUUUUAUUAUCAGUAUGAAACACCAAUUGAAUAUGAUUUGAAUAUUCAAUUAGAAACUUUCUGA